AUGGGAAGAUGGGAUAUCAUAUUAAUUGAUGAUAAAUUGGUAGGAUACAAAUUAAUGUAAAUUGUUAAAACUAUAGAGAUGUUAGUGGAGGUGGAUCAUAUGAUUUCAAUUAAGGAAUUAAGGUUGGCAAUUGGGUGGAGUUGUGGGAGAACUUUAUGAACCAUAUUUAGGUGACUUAUAAUGGUGAAUACAAUUCAAAAGGUAUAAAGACGGGUAGAUGGGAUAUCAAAUGUUACGAAUAGGAAUAAUAUAAAUAAAUGUAAAAUAUAAAACUAGAAAGAUAUUAGUGGAGGUGGAUGGUAUGAUGGCGAUUAAGGACUUAAGAUUGGUAAGUGGUAAGAGCUGUGGCAUGAUAGGUAUUAUAUUCAUUUACAUGGCGAAUAUAAUAUAAAGGGUAAGAAGAUGGGUAGAUGGAAUAUAGAAAGCAUGGGUUAAAAUAUGUAAAUAAUAUCAGUAUCAUAAUUUAGUGGUGGAGGAUUUUAUGAUAGCAUUUAUGGAAAUAAGACUGGGAGAUGGGUAGAUAUUGAGAAAGAUUUUUGGAGAUUUAAGUAGGUCAUUUAUGAUGGUGAAUAUAAUAUAAAAGGUAUGAAAAUUGGUAGAUGGGAUACUUUGUAUUGUUAGGUAGAAGAGAAAGAAUAUAAAUUAAUGUAAUUAUAGUAGGAUUAAAUAUCUUAGAGGUGGCGGAUCCUAUGAUAGUUCUUCUGGAGUAAAGAUUGGAAGUUGGGUAGAAUUGUGGGAAUCUUUUGGGUAUAACCUUGAAAGAACUUACAUUGGUGAGUAUAAUUUGUAAGGGGAUAAAGUAGGAAUAUGGGUUGAAAUGGGUUUAAGGAACAAUUAGAAACUGAAAGAAACGCAAUAUGAUAACUGA